AUGGCGGAGCAGAGCGGCGAAUGGAACCAAGUCAAGCGCAGAGGAGGCCGUCUGCGUAACCUACCAAAACCAGUAAACAACGCGGCAGAUUCCCUCUCUGACGGCCUCCGACCCAAUCCGAAUCCCGAGCUUUCUGUUGGCGACCUGUUGAAGUACCACAAGUUUGUGACCGAGGGUUGGCGAACUUCUACGUGGUGGGCCCAAGUACGCCAAAUUGUCGAAUCUGCCUUGGGCAAGCCAACCUGCCCCGUCAUCACCAAAGCAGUCUGUCUAGGCUCAGGUCCCUAUGAGCCAAGUAACGGCAGCCAGAGGGCGAAGUGGACAGCCCACAUGCAGACUGCUGCCUUUUGCUUUCUCGUUGAAUAUCUGGAACAUCGCACUGGUCGAGACAUUACAUGUGUGGUUCAAGAGCCUAGGUUCACACAGACAGACAAGGAAUUCUGCACCAGGAUCGGUCUGACGGCCGUUGAUACCCCCGAGGGCUUUUCGAUUGUGGACGAAAACACACUGCUCUUUGGCAUUCACCUGGAGCUCGACAUCUACAACCAAGCAUUGACCAAACUUCCAGCUGUCUACGUCGGCUCCAGCCUGCAAGAGUGGAAAAAGGUCAUCAACCACGAUUCGGACACGGAAAACCCGCUUAUGGCCUUCUCCAAAAUGGACCAGACGUAUGAUAAAUUCGUUUUUCCUGACAUCGACUACAUGUACUCGAGUACAGUCAUGUACUGGAGACGAGCCGAGAAUUGA